AUGAAAACAUUUCAACAAGAUGCAUCACCUCCUUUCGAAAUUGAAACACUUCCAGAACAUUUUGAUUCCAUUGAAGCAGUUCAAAUGGAAGAAUUUUAUGACAUGGGAAUUAUUUUACAAUUAAUUUUCAAGAAGGAUGAAAACCUAAAUGAAGAAACUCAACGUGAAGCCUUUUCGGACUUGAUGAAUCGUUUGAUCUUAAGAACGGAUAGCUCAAGUGUGACCAUCUUGUGUCCGAAUUUUGAUCUUGAAAUUCCAAAAGGUAAUGCAAAGUUUUCCACCGUUCGUGAAUUUUUAAAGUCCUUGUUGUAUUCAUUGGAUAACAUGCCAUCUGCCAUCAAGGACCAACUCGCUCCAAAAAUUGGAGUCUUUAAAGAGAUUAUUGAAAACGAUAAUUUCGUACCUGAUUGGUUUAAACUAAUCAUGGAGGAUCCUCUGGGAAAUUCAAGAAUUCAAUGUAAAAAGUUUGGCAUUGGAAGUGAUGAACAGAGUUUAUCAUUUGUUGAAUAUUUUGAACAUGAUCCAUACGUCAGUGUUGAUUUAUUCCAUCGCUCAGAAGGAGAAUGUGUUGAAUUUGAUUUGAAUUUAGACAAUGAACAAAGACCUCAAACUCUGUAUGGUUCUGAAGCUUUUGAAAAAGUUGUUGAACUGUUGUCACGCUGUCCGAAAAUUGUUGGAUUGACUGGAGCAGGUGUGAGCGUUGAGAGUGGUAUCUCAGCAUUUCGUAACAGUGGUUCUUCAAAUUUACAAAACAUUUGGGAUAAGUGGAAUCAAGAUGAAAUGACUUUUCAGAACAUUUUGAGUCGAAAGAAGAUUCGAGAUGAUUAUUUUGAAAUGCAUGCCUACCUGAAAGACCAAAUCUCAAAAGCAUCUCCAAAUCCCUCUCAUCAACUUUUUGCAGUUUUGAACAAUCAAGGACGACUUCUUCGAGUGAUCACUCAAAAUAUUGAUGGCAUGCAUCAACGUGCUGGUUUACCAGAGAGCAAAGUCAUUGAAAUUCAUGGAUCUUCCAAAUUGGUAACAUGUACCAAAUGUCAUCAAUUCAUUGAUCAUCCUGAUGAAUUGUACGAAAAAGUGAAGGAACAUGUCAAGAGAGAGGAAGAAAUCCCAAAUGAGCUCACAACAUGCACAUGUGGAGGUGUAUUGAAACCAAACACUGUUUCCUUUGGUGAAAAUCUUCGACACUCUGAACUUGUUGAUGCUCGUCAAAUGUGUCGUGAAUGUGAUCUUCUCAUUGUCAUGGGCACUCGAUUGUUGGUUGAGCCAGUGAAUUCUCUUCCCAAAUUGGUGUCUAGAAGAGGAAUUCCUGUCAUUAUGAUCAAUAUGGAAUCGACAUCAUUUGACAAAAAUUGUGUUGCCAUACUGAAUGGUAAAGCAGGAGAAUGGUGUCAGCAAAUCAUUGAUAAAUUAUUAUAA